GUAUGGUGGUAUUUUCGUAAUUCACCCAAGCUAAAAGCAACAACUGUCCAGCCACACGAGUUAGUUGAAAGAAAGAUGAGCAUGCGGAAGGUGGAAGUCGUGUUACUGGCCGUUUUCGGUUUGUUGGUCGUCACCGGCGCGAAACCGCAAGGUUUGGGGCAAUUUUUGACGUUCAAAGAUGGCAACAUCGGCGUGAAUUUCGGCGGAUAUCACGCUGAGGCAGGUUUGGGAGGUUUGCUGGGCGGUGGACGGACUUCUGGCGGACUUCACGCGAGUGCUGGAACGCCUUCAGGCGCCAAUGCUCAGGCAGGUCUAGGAGGUCUUCUAGACGGUAAUGGUUAUACCGGCGGAGGUCUUCACGCCAGCGCCGGACUCGGUGGUAGCACAAAGGCUGCUGCCAACAUCGGAGGAGAACUAAGCGGCCAGGGAAUUGCUCAGGGAGGAUAUUUCGCCGGAGCAACGGCUGGCGGAAGUGCGGCGGCUGUUGAAAAACAGUCCUACGGUGUGGUGCAGCAGCCCGUCAUUGUCGAGCAAGAGGUCAAGGUUCCGCAAUCGGUACCCGACGUCCAAGUGGAGAACACCUUCGACGCUCACGUUUCCCAAUCCGUACCAAACAUCGCUAGUAAAUCGGCGGAGACCCAGGUCUUUGAAUCAGUUCCGACCGUGACUAAAACCGUACAGACUGAAACGGUUGUACCCGCCAAGUCUGAUCUCGUCCAAUACGAACACGUUCAGAAAAUCAAGACCAGAGUUACACCAAAGAAGUUGAAGACCAGAGUGUCAACAUUCGUCAAGAGCAGAGUGCGCCCAAGCAUCCAAUCCGGCGUGUUUGUAGAGAAGGCAAUUUACCCAGCAACAAGCUGGAAUAUUGAAAAAUCGAUUCAAACGCAAACCAAUGCCGGCCAACAGGUUCCUUACUCGAAUGCAGCCUCCGCCGGUGUUUCGGCAUCGGCUGGUCUUAGCGCAGGAGCUUACGGAAGUGGCUUCGGGGGUGCGUAUGGAGGCGGUUGGGGAGGCGGGUACGGAGGUGCAAAUUUCGGAGGAGCAGGUUUCGAAGACGCGAGUUAUGGAAGUAGAUACUACGUCAAGUCCCAGCCGAACUCUCAGCUUUUUGACGAUAUUUUUAACAUCCCAAUUUCCACAUUGACGGCGGUCAACCAGCUUCUCAGAAAUAAAGGAAAAUGAUCUGUCAGAGAAACGUUGCGCUUCAUUUUUUCGAAUUUGAAAACCAAAUUUGAGGAAAUUGUACCGCGUACAAGGAAGGAAGUGCAUUACAUGUGUGAAUUGCAGUUUUUAAAUAUUCUUCGAAUUAGAUAAAUAUUUUAGACUGUUACGGUAUUUUGAUCGUAUAAUGUAAGACUGCCUUGCGGAACAUGAGGUGUUAUUUAUCUACCCGAAAAAUUAGUAUAAUAAACACAUUAUUAUUAUUAUUACAUGUACGUGUUUACAUCUUGUACCGAUUUACAUUUAUUGUUCUUUGUUUGCCACUUUUGAAUUUCAAUAAAACGAUUUGUACCUAA